CAGUGACGUAGUUACGCACUAGAAAGACUUUGACAAGUUUCACUUUAGUCAUACUCAAGAAAGUCCUGGAAGCGAAACUUUGGAGGAGGAAAAACACGUAGAAUCAACAAUAGAGUAAAGAAAUAAGGCGUAACACCACCGACCAAACCAGUUUGCAGUGAUUGACCUGAAGAUUCUGUUGACCACAGAUGGCAGAGGAGCUUGCUGAGUUACGUGAAGAUGGAGAUGGAGUUGGGGAUUAUGAUCUGACAAUGGGGGACACGACCGACGCCAAACCUGACCGUUCAGGGAGAUUCCUCCUAUUUGGAAGUAAGAAAAAUAAGGAUGGCCAGAAGCGGGAGCAGGACUAUUCUGACAACCACUACAGAAUCGUUUCACCAACAUUCCAGUAUAAAAUGAGCCACCAGCGAGUGGGGAAGUGCAUCAUCAUCAACAACAAAAACUUUGAGGACAAAACAGGAAUGAAUGUUCGCAACGGCACAGACCGAGAUGCAGGUGAGCUGUACAAGUGUUUCAAGAGCCUGGGCUUUGACGUUUCCAUCUAUAAUGAUCAGACCUGUGAGAGGAUGGAGUGUCUCCUAAAAGAGGCCUCUCUGGAAGACCACAGUGACAGCUCGUGUUUUGCCUGCAUCCUGCUGAGCCACGGCGAGGAGGGCAUGAUCUACGGCACAGACGGAGCCAUUCCCAUAAAGGACAUGACCUCACUGUUCAGAGGGGAUAAGUGCAAAAGUUUGGUCGGGAAGCCAAAACUCUUCUUCAUCCAGGCUUGUAGAGGUUCAGAAUUCGAUGAAGGUGUCCAGACGGAUUCCGGUCCUCCAAACGACACCAUUGAGACUGAUGCCAAUCCGAGUCACAAGAUCCCAGUGGAGGCGGACUUCCUCUUUGCAUACUCCACCGUGCCAGGAUACUACUCCUGGAGGAACCCCGGGCGAGGUUCCUGGUUCGUCCAGGCCCUCUGCAAUGUCCUCAACGAGUUCGGCAAGCAGCUGGAGAUCAUGCAGAUCCUGACCCGGGUCAACUACAUGGUGGCCACCAACUUUGAGUCGUGGUCCGAGGACCCCCGCUACAGCGAGAAGAAGCAGAUUCCCUGUGUGGUCUCCAUGCUGACCAAAGAGCUGUAUUUCAAUUGACCGUCCACCUGUACCGCACCGACACACUCCCACUGACCGUCUGACCAGACUGACCAUUUCAGGGACGGACUCUUUGAUUGAAAUAUUCAGGGAUGACGGCACAUCAGCCGCUCAUUUUUUUUUUUUGUAGCUGGGCCCAAAAACAAGCACUCUUAGAGAAAAUACGGUGGCGUUUGUUUCUUCAAGGUGAAAGCUUUCCUUCAGGUUCCUCUUCAGACGAAUCGGUCUGAUGCCUGUCCACAGGUGAAAUAUCCAUGUUGUUCUGCCAACACAUAAGAUCCGCUGCCAGGUCUUGUGGGUUUGGGGAAAUCCUAUCUGAGUAUGCGUCAUCUGGGUUUUAUUCUUUUAACAAAUGUGUUCAGUAGGCAACCAAAAUUACAGGAAAUGACUGGAAGUUUAGUGAAAUUCUUUAGCUCAUAUGUGUUUUGAGGAAAACCAUGAAGCUGCAGUUCCUUCCAGCACGACAAAAAAGCUUCAUUUAGCUCCGAUUAUGUCAGUAGAGGCCUUUCUUCACACAAAUGAUAAUAUUUUUAUUAAGAAGUUGAAAAAGUUCUGCACAAAAGCGGCUAGAAUAUGCAUUUUAUUGGAUGUAUUAUUAUUAAUUUAUCAAAUACAUCUUUACAAACUACAUUAUUUAGAAUUAAAUAAGUGAACUUUAAAAAAAAUAUAUUGUACCCCUCAAACGCUUUAAAUUUAAAUGCUUAAACUUUAUUUUUAUAAAGCUAAAGGAUCUUGAGUCUCCGUUAUUGUAUCAUAAAUUGAAGAAAAAUAAAUAUAAAAGAGCCUAGCUGAGACCAAAAGCACAAAUGCCACAUCAUUUUGCUGUAUAUUAGUGUUGUAGUUUGUCUUUAGUGUACACUGCAGGUAACGGGUACAAAACAAUUCAGAAUUAAUUAAAAGCCAAAAAUUUCUAGAAGAAUUAUUUAUAUAUUUAAGCACUUUGUGCACUUUGACUAACGUUUUUGUUAUGGGAAAUUAGGCUAAAAUUGUAUUUCUAAUUAAUCAUUUUUGUUUAAGAUGUGCGUUUCUGCAGUUUGAUUGUCCCAGUGUGUCAACCACAGAGGCAGCUAUUACUGGCAGUGACGAGUCUGAACAAACCAAAUCCACAUCUUCACAUUUCCUGCAAUGUAGUUCAGUUAUUCCAAGAAAAUCAUCUUUAGUUUUUGUUUUGCUUUCCACUUUUUACUGCUUUUAUGUUUUACCAAGUAGUUUUGAAAUAUAAUUUUUAAGGAAUAAUUGCCAGAUGUGCGAGUACCUUCCCUGAUGAUUCUUGUUCGGUGCAGACGCCGCCCUUCAGUCGUCUCGACACCAGAAGGUCCGUGACGUUGGGGGCUGACCUGUGCUUAUAAAAAAAAAAAAAAAAAAGUUUGAUUCACUUGUUUUGGAAUGGAAUUGAAAGAGGAAAAUUAUUAUUUUUACUGUAAAAUUUUGAAUGCUUAUUUCUGCUGUUAAAUGCUGUUGUCCUCAGAAAAAAAAUCUAGAAAAAAAUAAUGAAUUUGACAAAAAAGAGUUUAAACUGGCCCAGUUUGUAAUCUUUGGACAAAGGUAUGCUUAUGUGAACAUUUAUUGUACUAAAAAUAAAUGUAUUACACAAAUGAA